CAUUCAUUAGGUAUUAAGCACCUAUGGCAUACUAGGUAUUGUGAGCAAGCAGGGAUUAUAACAAGGAUCCUUCCUGGAGUUUCCGCAAGUACCAAGAACGGAACAAAGAUUCUAAGUACUCAAGUCAGACUUCAUUGCUGAAAGUCUGGUGGUGGUGUGUUUGCACGCUUGUGGAGGUCAUAGGAAUUCUGAGCUCUCCCCCACCACCUUGUUGAAUCCAGGGCAGGAACUUAGGUGAUUGGGCCUGCAGUUAAGAUCCUCUACCUGUUCAACCAUUUGGUUGUGACACUGGAGAAUCUGCCUGUCAAUACUCCCACCCCACUUUUGUUUCUUUAUUCCUUUCCCUUGUCAUGUUGGGAAAGGACAAGAUUUAGGAAAGAUAGGGGUUGGGAAUGAUGGGCUGUCCUGAGAUCAUAUUGGUCAUUCUGGGCAGCCCAAUUAUAUCCAUGCACAAAAUUUGAAAUAGCCUAAUGAGACCUUCCUACCUAGAAAGAUGUGUCUCUGAAGUUAGGAUCUUGAUGCUUGAUUGAAAACAAAUGGAACAGUUAAUCCUGGCCUAGAAUCCAUAACACCUUUGUUCACUCUUUGAACAAAAAAAUCUGCUAGGAGGUAAUCUGGGUCUCCUAAACCUUCACUGCUGAUUUUUUUUUUUUUUCCCUCGAGACCGAGUUUCUCUGUAGCCCUGGCUGUACUGGUCUCCCAUUGUAGAUCAAACCAGCCUCAAACUCAGAGAUCCACCUGCCUCUUCCUCCCCAAGUGUUGGAAUGUAAACACCUCCGCCAAUUCUUAAUCUAGGAGGCACUCAAGAGAUGGUCUCUGGCCAGGCAACAUUCUGAACGCUCGAAAAGAGGUGUUAGGUACUGUACUCUCUUAAUUGAUGUUCUUCAAGCUUGGUGGCACAUGCCUUUAAUCCCAGCACUAGGGGAGGCUGCACAGAGAAACCCUGUUUCAAAAACAAAACAGAUGUUCUUCAGUCACUUUGAGGAGAAAAUAACCCCAAGACACUGAAAUUUACUCCUUAUUUACCUCCCAGAGAGACCAAGGAACAGUGUCCCAAGAUGGACUGGAACACAUUGCGAGGUUCUCUCGCAAAAUCUACAUUGUGCUUCCUGGGCCCAAGUCCUAGUGACUAGGAUCUCAUUGUGUAACCGUGGCUGGCCUAAAACUCAGGUCCACCUGCUUCUGCCUCCCGAGUGUUGGGAAUACCGGCGUGGGCCACCACACUGAACUAUGAACCUAGCCUUCUUUCUAAACUCCGGUGAUCUCUAAAGGAUGUCAAGUUCUAGAUUCUAUGGGACAGCGACCCGGACUCUGACUUCGAGAGGGCAGGGGCAGCCAUUUUAAGAUCAGGGGACCACGAAAGGGAUCGUUCCAUAUUGGGAACGCUGGGGGCCGCCAUUUUAAGAGCGGUGCUGUACCUCACCCUUGGUGCGUGCCGCUAUGCCAGUACGCAGGGGCAGCCGCCAUCUUGGACAUCGGCUGCGGGCGCCGAGUCGCCCUGUCCCGCCCUUCCGCUCCUCAGGACACCUGCACCCGGAGCUGCUGUCCCUGAGCCCGCGAGAACCCACCCGCUCGGUCUGUGAAGUGCUCGGUGCUCUCGUGCGCCUGUGAAGGCUCCGCGGCUUCUGAGGGCUCGUUUAAACAACCUCCCACUGGGGGCGCUCGCGCGCCUCACACCCAGCGAUCUCCAAUCCUUACAAUGUCUAACCGGCUCGACUGGCCCUGUUCCCCGGAUAUGGCAAGUGUAUCGACUGAGGAGCCUCUUUCCCAAGAACGCUAACACAGGCGCUGUCCUCUGAGGCUCUGGAUGACUUUAUUCUUCAAAUGCCUUUACCUUUCCAGUAGCUCCAGUGACCCUCCAUACUGCAGACCCAGGGAAAAUGUGAUGCUCCACAGGUGAUCAGCUUUUAGCUCACCACUUUCUAGCCACAAGUAACCUGAGUGGGGCAAUCCAGGGCGGCAGAGAUAACCAGCAGGAAGAUAAUCUGAAGAAAUGAUACACCAAAGAAGAGAAGCUGGGGAAAAAGAGACAUGCAGAGACCAGAUCAAAGGACCAGACAAAGAGGAGGAACCUUCAGCUGCCUUGUCCCAUGGCCAAGGGUGUCGUCCCUGUGGAAGACCAGCCAGAAACUCAAAGCCUGAAGCUGGGGCCAGAUCCCCAGCUGUCCCCAUCAUGGUCAAUGACCCACCAGUACCAGCCUUACUGUGGGCCCAGGAAGUGGGCCAUGUCUUGGCAGGCCGUGCCCGUAGGCUGCUGUUACAGUUUGGGGUGCUCUUCUGCACCAUCCUCCUCUUGCUUUGGGUAUCUGUGUUUCUCUAUGGCUCCUUCUACUACUCCUACAUGCCAACAGUCAGCCACCUCAGCCCUGUGCAUUUCCACUACAGGACAGACUGCGAUUCCUCCACUGCCUCACUCUGCUCUUUCCCUGUUGCCAAUGUCUCCCUGGCUAAGAGUGGACGUGAUCGGGUGCUGAUGUAUGGGCAGCCAUAUCGAGUCACCUUAGAGCUUGAACUGCCAGAAUCCCCUGUGAAUCAAAACUUGGGCAUGUUCUUAGUCACUGUUUCAUGCUAUACCAGAGGCGGCCGAGUCAUCUCCACUUCUUCACGCUCAGUGAUGCUACAUUACCGCUCCCAAUUGCUCCAGAUGCUUGACACGCUGGUGUUCUCCAGCCUCCUGCUGUUUGGCUUUGCUGAGCAGAAGCAGCUCCUGGAGGUAGAGCUCUACUCGGACUAUAGGGAGAAUUCGUAUGUGCCAACAACUGGAGCAAUUAUUGAGAUCCACAGCAAGCGCAUCCAGAUGUAUGGAGCUUCCCUCCGGAUCCAUGCCCACUUCACUGGGCUCAGGUACCUGCUAUACAACUUCCCCAUGACCUGCGCCUUCGUGGGUGUCGCCAGCAACUUCACGUUCCUCAGUGUCAUCAUGCUCUUCAGCUACAUGCAGUGGGUGUGGGGUGGCAUCUGGCCCCGACACCGCUUCUCUUUGCAGGUUAAUAUCCGACAAAGGGAUAGUUCACGACAUAGUGCCCAGCGUCGGAUCUCUCGCCAUCAGCCAGGCCAGGAGGAGUCUACCCAGCAGUCAGAUGUGACAGAGGAUGGUGAGAGCCCUGAAGAUCCCUCAGGAACGGAGGGCCAGCUGUCUGAGGAAGAGAAACCAGAGAAGCAGUCCCAGAAUGGAGAGGAGGAGCAAGAGCCAGAAGCUAGUGAUGGCUCCUGGGAAGAUGCAGCUUUGCUGACAGAAGCUAACCUCCCUACCUCUUCUUCAACAUCUGCCCUUGCCCCUGAGACUCUGGGUAGCCAAGAGCCUUCUAGGGGUGCCGUCAGGCAACGCCCAACAUGCUCCAGUUCUUGAACAAAAGAGGGCUGAUUCCUCACAUUCCAGCACUUUCCCAUCAGACCCUUUUCCCCUUGUUCCCUUAAUAAACUAUUUUGUGCCAGCUGCUUGUGUGGGCAUCAGAGGACAA